AUGGGAUCUCUAUUAUCGCAUGUUGCAUCCUUAGCGUUUCAAAGUCCGUCGAAACAGCUCCUCGAAACACUCAGACAUGACUCCGAUGUAUUGACUCGGUUGUCAAACGAAUUCCAGGAGAUCAACUCUUCUUUCGACAUAAUCAACUUCUACGAAAGAAGAAAGACCCCUGGCUUGAAUUCUUUGAUCGUGGACGAAACCUCAUCCAAGCUGGGACUGGAAGAUGAAGUGCUGAUUCCGAUUGAUGCCACGCACCGACGAAUUUGUAAAUCCCAAAGUCAAACUGAUCCGCUUUUUCUACCAGUGCUAGCACAGAUAAAGCGAUGCUCGGCUCAAAUCACCAAGGCUGAUCAGGCGCAAGUAGUGACGAAUUCUACAACUACGGUCGUACCUGGGCAUUUCAUAGUACCAGUCUCUCCAAACCCCCAUUUCGUAGGGCGCACAGAACAAAUGCAAUUACUGGAAGAUUGUCUGAGUGCUCAGGACUACGAUGUAUGCACGACAUAUCCCAUCGUGGCAGUCCAUGGUCUUGGAGGGGUUGGGAAGACACAACUUGCGACCAGAUUCGUCUAUGACCGAAAAAUCAGAAAGCCUAGUGCAUCAAUUUUUUGGGUUUCUGCGCGGAACGCGGACGAGAUAGAAACAGGGUUUCGAGAAAUCGCGGUUAAGUUGUCGCUGGUCCGCGAAGCCAAUGGAGGUGUGGGAUAUGCACGUCCAGGUCUCAUAGCGACAGCCGGACCAGCCGCCGAAGUCAUGGUUCAACAUGAUGGUGUAGAUCUAUUGAAGGGUCGGAUGCUGAUGCCUGGGCAUGAAGACUGGCUACUUGUUUUCGACAACUUUGAUGACAUAAAAGUGAAAAUUGAUCGUUUUCUCCCCAUAGGAGCUUCUGGGAGUGUUCUCAUCACGACAAGAGAUCGCAAAGUUAUUGGAUCCGUCGCAACAUCUGGGUUUCCCCUUACAGCAAUGGACCUUUUGGAUGCAGAGCGCCUUUUUGUUCGAAUUCAGAGCCUCGGUGCUGAGCCUAAUGUGCAAAGAUUUACCUCGGCUCUGGAACGCGAAGAAUUAAAGCAAAUUCUUGAAGAGCUGCAAUGCUUCCCCCUCGAAAUCGAUCAGGCGGCAUCUUUCAUUCGGGAAAACUCGCCCACGGCCCUUCGCGAGUAUCUGACUUACCUCAAACCUCGGAGUGUAGACAGAGAGCGUCUUCUGAGGUUCAAACAAGCAAACCCGACUUAUCCUGAUUCCGUAAUGACCACUUGGGAGAUCUCACUACAAUAUCUGGAACGUACUCAACCACGAUCUGGCUGGAUACUUCAGCUUUUGGGAUUCUUAGACCAUUCUUACAUAUCCGAAGAGCUUCUCACCACAGGUCCCAAGCGGAUAGCAUGGAUGUUUGAUGCAAAUCUAGUUGGUGAACAGCUACCCUCCAAGUACCAGGCGCAAAUGGCGUUUUUGGAAGAUGAUGUAGGGUUCAGAGUUGCCAUAGGUACCUUGAUGUCUUUGUCACUGGUCCAGAGACAUCUGUCAGGGCCUACUCUGCAUGUUCACCCUUUGGUUCAUGAAUGGAUACGAGUUCGACUGAAUCCAUAUCCCGAACAGCAAGCGAAGUUUGCCAUCGUCGCCGCUCUCGUUUUGUAUCAGUAUCUACCUACAGAGAUGGUCAUUUGGCUGGAUUAUCACCCAACGUCCAUUCCAGAAACCAUUUUCCCUCGGAUCAAUCAGGUCUCCCAUCAUAUUAGAGUAGUACUCGCCAAUCUUGGUGAUUAUGCAAUGCAUGCUGCUACCAUCCCCGUGGAAUGUUUUAUGCUGUGCGAGGUCUGCUUUCUGGCUGGCUUCUCGAGGCAUUUACUCAAUCCGUUCGACAUAUCCACUGCACUAUCGAAAGAUUUGGAUCGUAUCAUUAAAUUGGUUAUCAGCAGGCUAUCUCACGACCAAAUGCCAUUGGGAUAUUUUCUUCGCAGGGUCGUUUUGUGGCUCCGAGGGGACCUGAGGCAAAGAAACCACCUAACCCCAGUCAGCAAGAUGGCAGACACAUUUGAGACGCUGCGUUUCAAAAUUUCACUGGAGGAACGCCCGGACGAUUUUCUCAUGCUGCUGGCAAGCUCUGUUGUUGAGGUAUGUGAUACUCUCAAUCACACAAAUGCCGAAGAGCUUGCCGUUGCAACAACCGAUAUUGCAAAAGAAGAACCGAAUCGAGAGGAACAGCGCCGGCACAUAAGAUACGGUCUUCUUGAGAGUCUUCGACGUCUAUUCUCCUCCAUGGAACCUUUAUCGACUCUGCUACGCAGGACUAAUUCGGUGAUCGUGAGUCGCCUUUUAAGAGUCAUGACGCCAGAAGAGUUUGCGACUCAGAAGUGGUUUGAUAUGAAGCAGAAGCUGUCCUCUGACGAACUAGGUCUCCUUGAUUUUGAUGAGAAGGCGGCUUAUUUGUGUCUCAUAGCGGAACUGCUUUGGGAAUACCGAGGCCCGAGGUACAUCCUGGAUUUGCAGAACGUCUUUUCCACUGUGAUUACCGAGUGCUUAUCUAUGAGGAUAAAAGCGCGACAGUCAACUGUUCUGCAAAGAGACCGGGCAGGUAUACAUGCUUUGUCCCGUAGUAGUUACAUUUCCGGUAGCUUUGGAAGGGACGUUAUCUCCAAAAGCAAGACCAAAGUAGAUAGAGAUCUCAUCACUCCGCUCAGCUAUAUAUGGGCAAUCACUCUCCCGGUUGCCCAAGUGACGUCCGACCCUAGGCAACGGUGGAAGACUUCGCGCAUUGGUGAUUCCCACAUCGGGCCUCUGGAUCUUUGUCAACGUGAAUGGAGCCUUCAUCUUGUCUCAAGCGUUAGCAAAAUCUACAAACGUCUUCGUGCUGACCAAGGUGAUGAAUCGGUUAGAUAUGCGCGGUUUCUCAAUUACUUCGCGGAUCUGAGCGUUAGGUACUCUUUGAUGAACAUAUACUCGAAUCUGGAGGACUGGGAAAGGCUUCAACGUGAGCUUGUGACGGUUUUACCAUGUGAUGACGUGCUGCGCUUCUGCAGCACACCGAAGGCGUUUCCAUGGGAGGCUGAAUUAGUCGCUAGUGUGGAAGAACAUGCAUCGUCACCACCACCGUACACACCUCAACACAAUGACCAAGAGGUCUUUUGGCCUUUUCUGUUCUCAAGACUGUUCAAGGCGGCCAGAGAUUUGAUGGCAGGCCAAGUUUCGCACACUUCAGGGGUAUCCGAGGCGUCCUCCGAGUCUACUCGGCUUCAAGAACAUGAGGCUAAAAGUCAAAAUGCCGCCGCAGAAAUCGAAUCUCGGCUGGAGGCAGCAGCAUCUCAGCGUCAGUCACAGGAACAAAAACGUCCUCGGAACAACAUAUCGAGACUUCGGGCCUUGGGCCUACCUGACUCUUUCAGCUGCAUCGCAGAUCCUAACGUUGAUAGUGCAAUAGCACACUUCUUCACCCUUGCGCAAAAGAAGGAGAUACUCAACGAAGCGGAAGCGAAGGACCUGCGACUGAAGAUCAGGGCUGUGGCGCGGAUGUCGCCCGAGUCGUAUGCUAAGUACCUGGGGAACUUGGAAAUCAUCUAUCAGCUCGCACAAAAGCUUUCUGCCAAAGUUCCAGGAUCGAUGCACGUUGGGUACCCAUCGGAUGAAAGCGAUACAGGGAGUUCAGACGAUUAUAUGGAGGAGGAAACGGACGAAGACAUCGAAUUUGAUACUAAUGCCGGGAUGACGCAGUUUGACUGGGGCUGGUGA